AUGUCUUCAAAACCUAUGCCUUCGAGUUCAAAAGGAGAGAAACGAAAACACGUAACACUGACUCUCAAUCAGAAACUAGAAAUCAUCAAACAGCUAGAAAAAGGCAAUAGAAAUGUUUUAAUGAAUGAGUUUAAUAUUGGCUCAUCAACUAUUUAUGACAUUAAAAAACAAAAAGAUGAACUAAUAAAGUUUGCUUAUCAAUCGAUAACUGAAAAAUUGGCUUCUAGACAAAUGUUAAAAAAACCAAAACUGGAACAGCUAGAUAGUGUGUUGUUCAAAUGGUUUAGUAUAGUACGUUCUGAAGGAAAGUCGGUAACAGGGCCAAUGAUUGUUGAAAAGGCAAAGAAAUUCGGCCAAGAUUUAGGAGUUGCUGAAAGUGAAUGUAAUUAUUCUGAUGGUUGGCUCAGAAACUUUAAGUUUCGGCAUGGAAUUCGAAGACUUGAUGUAACUGGAGAAACACUUUCAGCAAACCAAAACUCUGCAGAAAAAUACAAAGACGAGUUUGAGAAAAUCGUGGUUGAUAAUGACUUAACACCUGAACAGAUUUACAAUGCUGAUGAAACAGGGCUAUUGUGGCGAUGUUUACCAACAUCUACACUAGCUGGGGGAGGAGAAAAAGCAGCCAAGGGUUUUUUUUUUAAAAAAAAAGAGGUCAAGGAAUCCUUCAAAAGCCUUGGUCUACCAGAAAAUACUAAAGCCAUCCUUCUUUUGGACAAUUGCAAAGCCCACCCGCCAGUAGAUGAGUUAGUUUCUGGAAAUAUUGUUGCUACUCUGCUCCCAUCUAACGUAACAUCUUUGAUUCAACCCAUGGACCAAGGGGUUAUUCCAAAUUUUAAAUGCUUUUAUAGAAGGUCUUUUAUACAAGGCCUGUUAAAUGCCGACUGUGACGUGACUGAUUUUCAAAAAAAGUUUACAGUAAAAGAUGCCGUCUAUGCUAUUUCACUGUCUUGGAACCAGGUAAAAAAUACAAUACUCCAAAAAUGCUGGAGAAAACUUCGGCCAGCUGCAAACCCUGCAUCUGACCUAACUCCACAGACUGAUGAGGAAGAAAACCAUCAAGACGCUGUGACCAAAGUUUUGGAUGUCGUUAGAAGUGCUGACAAUCCCUUGAAAAACCUGCCUGAAGAUGAGGUAGAGGAGUGGCUUCUAAUCGAUGAGAAUGAGCCUGUUGAACAAGAACUAAACGAUGAGGACAUUAUCAACAUUGUAGUAAACCCUCAGCCUACUCAAAAUCUUGAAGAAAGUGACUCAGAUGCUGAAACGGAAGAAAACUAA